CACUUCCAAGAGGUACAAUACCAAAAUUUUGUUGGAUCAUAUGCAUUAGUGUUGUUGUUACUGUUAAGAAAAGGUAUACGUGUGUAUAUGUGCGUGUACGCCUACCGCCUACGGGUGUGUGUGUCAAACUGAAGGCAAUAGGUGCAGGGAGCUAAAGUUUGAAGGUCAAAGAAGAAGACAGGAGGAGGAGGAAAAAAAAAUGCCAGCAGUUUGGUUUGCUUUAAAGAGAUCACUACAGUGCAAAUCAGAGCUAAGAGAUGUUCAUGAUCCAAGAACUGAUGGCAAAAAUUUAAGCAAAAUAUCGACGAAAAAGACGGUGAGUAGAUCAGGUUGUUCUAGAUCAAUAGCAAAUCUGAAAGAUGUAAUACAUGGAAGUAAAAGACAUAUGGAGAAGCCACCAUUACAAAGUCCAAGAUCUAUUGGAAGCAGUGAGCUUUUGAAUCCAAUUACACAUGAAGUUGUGUUAAGCAAUUCAACAUGUGAACUCAAGAUUACUAGUUGUAAUUUCCAAGAUGGUAAUGGGAAUAGUGGAAAUAAUGUUGAGAGUAUUUCGGCUUUUAUGGGUACCUUAAAACCAGGGACACCUGGUCCAGGUGGACACCAUAUUGGAUCUUCAAGAAAAUAUAGAGGUUUUGGUAGCCCUAUAAGAAAAGGGUCACCUGGGAAUUUAUCAAGAAAAGCAGGGUCUGGAUUUGGUGGUAUUGUUUCUAGGCCUAAGGCUUCUUCUGGUGCAGAUUCUCAUGGCUUUUCAGCUCUGAAUUGUCAUAAAUGUGGUGAACAAUUUGCUAAGUUUGAAGCUGUUGAAGCACAUCAUCUCUCCAAACAUGCUGUAACAGAACUUAUUGAAGGGGAUUCCUCAAGGAAAAUUGUUGAGAUAAUAUGCAGAACAAGCUGUUCAAAGCCUGAAAACAAUUCAAAUGGGAUAGAGAGAAUAUUGAAGGUUCACAAUAUGCAGAAAGUACUAGCUCAAUUCGAGGAGUAUCGCGAAUUAGUAAAGAUCAAAGCCAGUAAACUCGCCAAGAAACAUCCUCGUUGCCUAGCCGAUGGAAAUGAACUAUUAAGAUUUUAUGGCACAACUGUUGAAUGUUCUCUUGGCAUGAAUGGUUCCUCUAGCCUAUGUACAUCAGAAAAAUGCAAGGUUUGCAGGAUUUUAAGGCAUGGAUUCUCAAUCAAGAAGGAAAUUAAUGGUGGGGUUGGAGUUUUUACAGCAUCCACAAGUAGAAGAGCAUUAGAAGCAAUUGAGGAAAAUGAUGAUAAUAUAUCUUUGAGAAAGGCUCUAAUAGUAUGCAGAGUGAUUGCUGGUAGGGUGCAUAGACCUUUGGAAAAUGUUCAAGAAUUGAUAGGUCAAUCAGGGUUUGAUUCAUUGGCUGGAAAAGUAGGACUCUACUCAAAUAUUGAAGAACUCUAUUUGCUCAAUGCUAAAGCUUUGCUUCCUUGUUUUGUGGUAAUCUGUAAAUCAUAAAAACUACAAGGUGAUUGAGCCAUUCUUUCAUGUAAUUCAAUUGAAGUUCUGAAUACUCAGAGUUCAUUCACUCAUUUCUUUU